AUGGCAACAUCCCCUCCAAAACCAACCGCAAAAUCACGCAUCCGUGAAGCAGAACCCAAAGACAUCAAUGCCAUCACAACAGCUAUGAUCACCUCCCUAAGCUCCGACGCCAUGUGGCGAUAUCGAUUUGCGCAUCGAGAUAAAUAUCCCGAAGAUCUACUCAAGUAUGCUCGACUCUACAUUGAGCUUUUAGUAUCUGGAUCUUUUCCGGACUACGCGACUCUUAUUGUAGAGGUUGAAGAGGAUUCCGUCUGGAACACUGCUGCUUUUUCUAUAUGGGAUAUUUCGUAUGAGAAUAAACGUGUAUAUACAGCCAAGGGAGAAACUUAUACAUCCCAAUCACGUACGUCUCUUUCCCGUUUCAGCCCAAGAAACUAUUAG